CUGGAGGAGGAGGAGGAGGAGGAGGCCGGGGGCGGCGGCGCGUCCUCCCUGCUCGAGAGCGUCUUGGCGCGCAGCCGCGCCGCGUGCGCUGCAUCGACAGCCUCCGCCCCUGCCGACGCGUCGGACCCGAAAAAGGGCAAGGGCAAGAGCAAAGAGGCUAAGCCGAAGGGGAUGGCGAUGAGCGGCGGGGGCGACGACGACGCGUACGGCGAGUACUUUCCGGACACGCUGGGCCGGGUCAACGUCACCGGGUACGAGCUUGGUCCCGACUCGGACGAUGAGGCUGGCAUCGUGCGUGGCAAAAAGGAGGAGGAGGAGCCGGACGCCGACGCGGGCGGCAAGGGCGGCAAGGGCGGCAAGCGGGGCCGCCACGACAAGGAGAAGAUGGAGGCGCAAAAGGCGGAGGCCCGGAUGGACCGCGAGCUGGUGCAGAUCGAGAAGCUGAUGGAGGAGCGCGCAGCGAAAAAAUCGCGGGGCGAGUCGCUUGCCCUUGGCAACAAGCCCAAGGGUGGCGGUCGGGACCGCGACCGGGCUGCGGCCAACGAGCAAAACGAGAUGUUUUGAGCGUGUAGUAGCAGUUUGGGGGGUGCGUCGAUCUCAUCAUAUUUUUCUCAUCGC